CACUCUCCCAGUCUCCCUGUCCUCUCCAGAGUCUCCCCUGUCCUCUCUACAACUCCACAGCUCUUAUCCAGAGUCUCCCCUGUCCUCUCUACAGCUCCACAGCUCUUACGUCUACAAACAUGGGAGGAUCAGCCACCGUGGGAAUGGAAGAUCAACUCCACUCGCUUUCACUCCACCAUCAACCUCCUCCACCUCUCACAACUGACGUCCCCAUUAUCUCAUCCUACAACCACUGUAUCCGUCCUCUCCUCGACGCUGUGGACAAGCUCCGCCACCUCUCCAUCACCACCGAGGGUAUCCAGCUCCCCACCAUCGUGGUCGUGGGAGACCAGUCCUCCGGAAAGUCCAGCGUCCUCGAGUCCCUCGCCGCCAUCCACCUCCCCCGCGGGCAAGGCAUCUGCACCCGCGUCCCCCUCGUCAUGAAACUCCAACACCACACUUCUCCACAACCUCUUCUCCUCCUCGAAUUCAACAACAAAGUCGUCGAAACCGACGAAGCCAACGUCUCCGACGCCAUCAGCCUCGCCACCGCCGAGAUCGCCGGCGGCGGUAAGGGUAUUUCCGACACCGCUCUCACCCUCAUCGUCAAAAAACAAGGCGUUCCCGAUCUGACUAUGGUCGACCUUCCCGGAAUCACUCGAGUGCCCGUUCAAGGCCAGCCGGAGAAUAUAUAUGACCAGAUCAAGGACAUCAUCAUGAAGUACAUUACACCUGAUGAGAGCAUCAUUCUGAACGUUCUCUCCGCCACCGUCGACUUUGCCACCUGCGAAUCCAUUAGGAUGUCCCAGAGCGUGGACAAGUCCGGCAAGAGGACUCUCGCGGUGGUGACGAAGGCGGACAAGGCCCCCGAGGGCCUCCUCGAGAAGGUCACCGCCGACGACGUCAAUAUCGGCCUCGGCUACGUCUGCGUCAGGAACCGAAUCGGCGAGGAGACCUACGAGGAGGCCCGCAGGGAAGAAGAGAAACUGUUCGACGCCCAUUCCCUUCUCUGCAAACUCGACAAAUCCAUCGUGGGCAUUCCCGUUUUGGCGCAGAAACUUGUUCACAUUCAAGCCGCGAGCAUAUCCAGGAACCUGCCGACAAUCGUGAAGAACAUCAACGAAAAGUUGAGAUCGAACAUUGCAGAGCUGAAUAGGAUACCGAAGCAUAUAGCGUCGGCCGCGGAGGCCUUAACCACCUUCAUGCGUAUCGUUGGAGCUGCGAAAGAAUCCUUAAAUAAAAUCUUGCUUAGAGGAGAGUUUGACGAGUUCCCGGAUGACGUUGACAUGCACUGCACCGCUAGAUUGGUGGAAAUGCAGGAUCGCUACUCGAGCGAGCUACACCAGUGCGAGGAAAACAGUCAGGGGAGGCAUUGUUUGAGGGAGGAGAUCCAACUUUUGCAGGAAAGCAGAGGGAUUAAGCUCCCAAAUUUCCUCCCUCGUCCUGUGUUUCUCAUGAUUCUUCAGAAGAAGGUGGAGGGGAUAUCGAAUGCGCCGGUGGGGUUUGUGGAAAAGGUGUGGAGUUACGUGGAUGGAGUUGUGCUCUCUGUACUGAUGCUUCACUGUGAGAACUACCCCCAGCUUCAGAAGUAUACGGCGCUCGCCGGGCGGAAACUCCUCGGAAAGAUGAAGGAGAGAUCGGGUAAGUGGGUGGAUGAGAUGAUGGAGAUGGAGAAGCUGACUGAUUACACGUGCAGUCCAGAGUACUUAUCUGACUGGAACAAGCUGAUGGGUCAGCUGGAGUCGUUUAUGAAGAAUGUGUCAAUGAAUAGAGGAUGGAGCUCGAAAAUGAUGACGAUAGAGGGGUUCGGGGAGAUUGAGGUUGGGGAGCUUGGGGAUUAUUCAGAGGAGACGAUCCGACAAGCGUUCGAUCUGAAAAUGAGGGUAAGGGCGUACUGGAAGAUAGUGCUGAGGAGGAUGGUGGACGCCAUGGCUCUGCAUUUGCAGCUGUGCUUGAGGAAUAUGGUGAACAGGGAAUUGGAGGCGGAGAUAGUAGAGGAGGUGAUGGGGCGUGGCGGUACUGGUGGGAUUGAGAGCAUGCUGGAGGAAUCGCCCAGUGCGGCUGCAAAGAGACUGAAGCUGAAUAAGAGUAUUGAGCUGCUGAAGAAGUCCAAGGAGGUAUUGGCCACCGUCGUGCAUAUGUAACACCUUCACUCUUGAUUCCUAGCUAGCACUUUGCUCCCUGCGUUAGGAAGAAUAGUUUCAUUUUGCUUAGUUUCCUUUUGGUUGCAGCUUACUUAUAUGCAUGUAGAUCUAUUAAGCGUCUUAUCUAUCAAAAUUUGUCUUAUGGUUUUCUUCAAAA